GGGUGGUUCCGAGAGGUUGUGUUCCGUUUUUAGGGGGAAAAACACCGAAACGGACCGCAAUGCUGACGACGAAACUGUUCCCCGCGCUCGGGACACUUUCGGAGCGUAGUGUGUUCUUGUGCCGAGCCGCACACCGGGCGGCCGUGCUACGUGAGCCUGGAAAACCGAUCGUCCUCGAGACGGUGAAAAAGGUUGAGAAACUGAAAAACGAUGAGGUUCGCGUGAAGGUACACUACUGCAGCCUGAACACGACGGAUGUGAAAAUCAUCACUGGUAAACACAAGGAACUGGACGUGCCACUUCCAUUCAUACCGGGGCACGAGUUUUCCGGCGAGAUAGUCGAGAUCGGGAAGGACAAUCCGCACUUUUUUAACCGCGGGGAUCGUGUUGUGGUGAUGAAUGACCUACAGGACCCGAACGGUGGGUUGAUUUCGGAGGCGGUGGUAAAGAAUCGGGAUGUUUGGACCGUCCCGCAGUCGGUGCCAUUGCGUGAGAUGGCCGUCCUACCGUACGGUCACGGAACGGCCCUGUUAACGUUCGCCCUGCACUGUAACCUCAAGGAGAACGAUCUCAUCCUCAUAACGGCCGGUGCCGCCGGAAUGGGACUGGCAGCGAUCGAUCUGGCCGUCAGUGUGUACAAGGCCAAAGUUAUAGCCAUCUGCGACACCGAAAGCAGCUCGGACUUGGUGCGAGCCAAGGGGGCACACAAAUCGAUCAGUAUAACCAAAAACAACUACUCGAAGCUUUACAAAAACAUCGCCGAGGCCCUCGGGGACAAGAAGGCGAAGGUCGUGUACGACGCGGUCGGCAAGGGGUUGCUUCAUCUGCUGGCGGAUUUCGUUGACCCCACCACCGGCAAGCUCAUUUCGGUCGAUCCGUUCUACAACGCACAAAAGUUUGCCUCCGAAGCACCCGAAUUCGAGCGACCGAAGCGGUCAAAGGGUAAAGAGGAUCGGAAGCCGGAAGAGGACGAACUACGAGCGGCUCUGCUUCAGAACGUGCAGCACUUUGAUCUGUACGAGUAUCCGGAUCUCGACACGUACCGGCAGAUGAUAUCCGACACGAUCGAGAUGCGUUCCGAGGGUAUGAUCGCCGGCCACAUCAGUAAGAUGUUUCCGCUCGCCAAGAUUCAGCAAGCGAUCGAGUUCGUGCAGCAGAAACAGUGCACUGGGAAGGUGCUGAUCGACGUGCAGUGUACCGAUGCGGACGAUGAUUGCGCGGAGGGCGAGGACAAAAAAGGAAGCGUCCAAGGCAAAACGAAGCAAGAGCCGGAAGGAAAGAAGAAAGCGAAAGACUGAAGGGGGAAGGCAACCAUCAGCAGUUGGCCUUUGUUGUUGCUUGAUUUAUUAAAACUCUCGUCAUCCGCCUGU